AUGUUACCCCCAGAAUUCACACCCGACAAGAACAGUGCUGCUCCUAGUACAGAGUCCAAAGACUCAGCCUCCCCGCUACUAAAAGAUCCAUCCUUCUCACAAAGCACCCGGCAAGGGCUUGAGCCAGCAGGCGGAGAUAGCUCCACCAAACCACGAAAGAGAGAUUUCUGGAAAUUGGGGAAGAAGCAAGAGGGAGACAAAGCCGACACAAUGGCCACGACCCCGGGCACUUCGAUUCCUCCAGCUUCCAGCGGAAAUCCGGCAGUUGGGCUGCACCCAGCAUCUCCUGCCCGAUCACCCGAUCUUGCGACCGGGUCAAUAUCACCGCACAGAGGGUCUCUGGCACAGGUGUUUCCUCCUGGAUCGCCGGGAUAUGCAAGACAGAGUUCCUCCCCACGACCACAAUCACCCGCGUCAUCCAUGAUCUUUGAGCGCAAUGUCCAAGAAGAAGUCGUACAUCCCGAAACAUCUCCGCAUCUACCUUCUCACGUUAUCAUGGAGAAUCACAUUGCGCCAGCGUUAGACGCAUCCGCGGAAGCAAUCACAAACCAAAAGCUGAACCCAGACGAGGUUGAGAUCGUGACACAUGCAACACAUCAACCAGCUGCAGUGACCAUUACUGGAUUGGGCGCGGAUCAUUCUUUGGCAUCGUCAAUGCAGGAAGACUCGUUCUCGCCGCCGCCGUCGGCCAUCUCAGCCGCCUUUCGACAAGACGCCGAUAACGCGUCUAAUUAUGGUUCUUUGGACAACACGGAUGUGCGCCGAUUGAGUUUUAUCUCGUUCGCCGAUGUUGUCCACGCCGAGCAGGAAAUGGGGAGCGAUGUUCGGCGCGAUUCUGCCCACCUGUCUGGUCAUCCGUCUCUCGUACCUCCUCGCUCACCUUCUCCUAUCCGAUCACCUACGUCUUCUGCAGCAUUUGGAACAUCUCCACCGACCAGUGUCAGUGCGUCAACCAAGGGGUACGAGACAUCUCCCCAUCGUGCUCCAAACCCAAGAGGAACCGGAAGUCCUCUACCAGGACAGAGUUCACCAUUGGGCAUCAACAGUGAGAUCAAUGUCGAAACAAUGAGACAGGCAUUGCGAAAGACGGGCAGUGGUGAUCUGAGCCACUUCCGUAGUACACCGGGCAGUGCCGUUGGCAACGACGAGGGCACUGUACCCUCUUUCGAGCGACCCUUUAGAUGA